AUGCAGCUCUACAGCAGCGUGUGCACCCACUUCCCCACCGGGGCCCCGGGCCCCACGGCCGCCGCCCCCGCGCCGCCCGCCGCCGCCGCCGCAGCCGCAGCCUUCAAGGUCUCCCUGCCGCCGCCCGGAGCCGCCAGCGCCGCGCCCGAGCCCGAGACCGGAGAGCGCCUGCCCGCAGCCGCCGUCGAGGCCCGUGAGGCCACCGCCGCCAAGAUGCCCGCCUUCUCUUCGUGCUUCGAGGUGGUGUCCGGGGCCGCCGCGCCCGCCGCCCCCGGCUCGUCCGGCGCGUCCUGCAAGCCGCCGCUGCCCCCGCACUACACGGCCACGGCGCAGGUCGCCGUCCGGGCCCUGGGCGCCGAGCGCUUGGUGUUGCGCGCGCCCGAGUCGGGCCCCGGCGCCGCCCCGCGCGGCCGCUGCAUCCUGCUGACCCCGGGCCCGGCCACCCCGCCGCCGCCGCCGCCGCCUCCGCGCAGGGUCUCCUCGGCCUGGCUGCUGGACGAGCUGCUGCGACCCGACGGUCCCGAGUCCGGCCUGGACACGGCGCGCGAGGGCCCCGACAGGAACUUCCGACUGAGUGAGCACCGCCAGGCCCUGGCCGCCUCCAAGCACCGCGGGCCCGCGCUGUCCCCGGGGAGCCCCGAGCCCGGCCCCGCAUCGUGGGCCGAUGAGCCGCGGGCCGAUCGGGUCCCUCGCGCCUGGGACCGGGGGAGUGACCGCAGCGACCCUGCUGGCGCGCACGCGGUGCGGCGCCCUGACCCGGAGCCCGAGGCGCCCGCCGCGCGGAGCAGCGGGGCGGCGGCGGGUAGUGCGACCGAUACGGUGGUGGUGUCCAGAUCGGAUCCUCGGGACGAGAAGCUGGCCCUGUACCUGGCCGAGGUGGAGAGGCAGGACAAGUACCUGCGGCAGAGGAAUAAGUUCCGGUUCCACAUCAUCCCCGACGGCAACUGCCUGUACCGAGCUGUGAGCAAGGCCGUGUACGGAGACCAGAGCCUGCACCGGGAGCUGCGGGAGCAGACGGUGCACUACAUCGCCGAUCAUCUCGACCAUUUUAACCCCCUGAUUGAGGGCGACGUCGGGGAGUUUAUCGUCGCGGCUGCCCAAGACGGAGCUUGGGCCGGGUACCCGGAAUUGCUGGCGAUGGGGCAGAUGCUGAAUGUGAAUAUACACUUAACUACUGGAGGGAGAUUGGAGAGCCCCACAGUGUCUACCAUGAUUCACUAUCUGGGCCCCGAGGACUCCUUAAGGCCUAGCAUUUGGCUCAGCUGGCUCAGUAAUGGACACUAUGAUGCGGUUUUCGAUCACUCCUAUCCUAACCCAGAGUAUGACAGUUGGUGCAAACAAACCCAAGUGCAAAGAAAACGAGAUGAAGAACUUGCCAAAUCCAUGGCCAUAUCUCUGUCCAAAAUGUAUAUUGAGCAAAACGCAUGCUCUUGAAAUGUCUGAAAACCUUAACCCUUUGGGGGAAAUCAAAUACUUAAUUUAUGUUUGGAGAAUCACAUGAACUCUAAUCAGGGUAAUAGCACUUUUAAACUUCCUAGUAGGUUUUUCUGUAGGUGUAAUGCCUUAAUCAUUUCUUUGAAUGUCUUCUCAGAGCUGAACGUUGCUGGGCACCUAAAUGAUGUUUCUUGAUAGCUGGGUGAUCCUACUGCUAUUUAUAAUUUGCUGUAUAAAAUGAGCACUACUUAAAUUGCAAGCUAAUUUCUCACAGUAUAAUAAAUUUGUUCAUUCCCGGUAGUCUAUUUUCUAUAAAAAUGUAUUUUUGCACAUUUUUAAAAAUUGGACCUUCAUCUAUGAUGUGUUCCAUUUUGACACGGCUUUCAAGCAGAAAUCCAGAGAAGUGCUUUCUAUGAAAUUUAUUAUUUUGAGCAGUCUUGUGAUUUAGUAGUUACUUUAUGUUGAAAUUGGAAUUUCACAAUUCUUAGAAAAUUUUUUCAAGUGAAUAUUGAUGUACUCAUAUUACCAGAUGAUUGACUCAUUCCAUUUUGUUGAAAUAGCUUUGUUUUGGAAAUUAUUUUUCUAGAAAUGAUCGGUCUUGAAAUACUUAAGGAGCAUGGAUGUGGGAAGACUUUUUUCUUUUAAGGGACAGUACCAGGUCUUACCUGAUAUUUCCUGAUGACAGUAUGAUGAUCGUGUGUUCUGGUUGAUGUUUAGAGUAGACUGACUGUUGCUCUUGUUUUCAUUUACAUUUGUCAUUUUGUUACGAAAGAAUUUUAACAUGCUGUAAAAUUUUGUGAUGAGAGAAGUCUCCUGCUCUGUAUAGCUUCUUAAAUUCAACCAAGAAAUUUAAAAAUUUAAAAACUGGUAGCAUAAGUGCCUGGAACCAUCCCUGGCAUUUUUAUAGCAGGAGAAUCUUGUCUUAAUAUUCUGUUCCUUUAAAAUUCUUCGAAAAGGCAAAGUAGGAUUGCCUCUUAUGUAAAAAUAUCUCUAAACUGCUUGUAUGGUUUGCUGGGUCAAACAGUAUCUCCAAUCUAAAAAUUUAUCUCAUUUCAACUUUAUCUACUUUUAGUCAUAUUUAUUAAGUAAUGCGUUUGUACUUUUUUAUUUUGUAACAUUUUGUGAUUUUUUUGUACAAUAUUGUAUUUGUAAAAUAGUUCUCAGCUGAUGGAAUGAAUAAAACGCACACUUUUACAACUGCC